UUAAAUUAAAUUACAAGUAAAUAUGAAAAACGAAUUAAAAAUUGGAAAAAGUUGGAAAUGACAAGUCACUAGUUUGCAUUAUCAUUCCGAUGUGGGAGCUCAGUGUCCGAAAUAGAGUCAAAGAGGAUCUAUUUCAAGCAAAGAAGGAAGCUCAUCUUGUUGUAGAUAAAUUCUUUCUCGGAUUCAUUCUCACAAUCCAGUGUUCAGGUGCUACCAAGAUAGCAUGUACAAGGAGUGUGCAAUAAAACAAGAUGUUACUGAACUAAUUGGAAACACUCCAUUGUGUGUGGCUUGCAUUGCUGCAAAGUUGGAAUCAAUGGAACCCUGCUCAAGUGUCAAAGACAGGAAUUCAGGAUAGCAUUAAGUAUGAUCGAGGAUGCUGAGGACAAUGGCCUGAUUACACCAGGGAUGGUUGGUAAUAGAACUCUAGUUCUGAGGUAUUGGUGGUUUUGUACAUGCAUGAUAUGAUUUAUGAAUUCAGGUCCUGUUUGGAUAAACUUCUCAAUAAGCACUUACAGGAGAAGAAAACAAGAUGGUAAAAUGAAUUGAGUUUCUCCCAUAAGUUAAAAUUAGCUUAUACAUAAGUUAAUUUAUAGAAGUCCUCUCAUUUAACUUCUCCAAAUUCUGAUUUUAACUUUUGUAUAAGCUAAUUUUAACUUAUGGAAGAAAUUUAAUUCAUUUUACCUUUUUAUUCUCUUCUCCUAUUAGGAUUUAUUGAGAAGAUUUAUCCAAAUAGGGGCUUAGUUUUUUGUGCCAUUUUUACCCCAAUAAUCAACCAUGUUUAGUCAAAGUGAUGCUGUGUUUUCAAGUUCAGAUUGUUGGGUUUCUUAGAUGAGAUUUUUGUGUUUUUUUUUUUUUUUUCUGGUUGUGGACAUGGUUAAAUUAAACUGGUGAAAGACUGUACUUGUUGAGACUACUGGUGGAAACACUGGAAUUGGAUUGACAUUCAUUGCAGCACUUAAAGGUUACAGGCUAAUCCUAGCGAUGCCGGCUUUAAUGAGUCUCGAGAGGAGAAUUGUGCUCCGUGCUUUGGGAGCUGAGCUGCAUCUCACUGAUCCUGCUAUGGGCUUCAGAAGUAGUCUUCAAAAGGCUGAGGAGCUACUGAGGGAGACAUGUGAUGCUUUUAUGUCUCAUCAAUUUGAAAAUCCUGCAAACCCAAAGAUUCACUAUGAAACCACUGGCCCUGAGAUAUGGAGAGAUUCUGGAGAGAAAGUUGAUGCCCUUGUAGCAGGUAUAGGAACUGGCGGUACAAUAACAGGUGCAGGGAAAUUCCUCAAGGAGAGAAAUUCAAAAAUCAAGGUCUAUGGAGUGGAACCAGUUGAAAGUGCAGUCUUGAGUGGAGGACAGCCAGGACAUGUUGCAUGAAUGUGUAAAAGGAGGGCAUCUGAUUCAGGGAAUUGGUGCUGGUAUUGUUCCUGCUGUGCUGGAUGUUAAAUCUGCUUGAUGAAAUUAUUCAGGAGCCAAUUUCAUUACUAAAUAUUUGAAGCCUGACACAUGUAUACUUGGCCCAAGAGAUGAGGUGUCCCUAGUUACAUCAAAUUCAAGAAUUGGCUGCGGAUUUGACAUCGGACUACGAAGUAUGUUCGGAUUACCAUUGAAAAAGUAAAGUUUGGUUAAACUUAACUUUGUAAUAUUAAGUUUAGUUAAAAGUAGGUUUAAUGUAACUUUAUUCAUUUUUUGAGUUUUCUAUGUUCAAGAGAAAAGUAGUUUUAGGAUAAACCUUAGUUUGUGUGAAAGUCUCGUUCAACUGAACUGAAAAAAUUAUUUGCCAUUCAAGCAGGCACAAUUUUUCAUGAGGGGUAAACCUCCCGUUGGGUGUACAAACGCCAAAUCAAGCAUACCCUAAUAUGUUGCUGGAGUU